AUGACUACUCUUCGCUUCGUUCGCUCUGUCUGGGAGUCCUUCCGAGCUACUUCGGGUCUAGAACCUCGACUUCUUAACAAUCUCCAAGUUACAGCUGCACGCCCCGGAACAGUCAACUUUGAGCUGCUCAUCCAAAAGGAGCACACUAAUCGCCUGAGCAUCCUUCAUGGAGGUACCAUCGCUAGCAUGGUGGACCUCGGUGGCUCCCUGGCCGUAGCCUCCCGUGGCCUCUUUGCGACGGGAGUGUCUACGGACCUGAACGUAACCUAUCUCAACUCGGGAGGCCGGAUUGGUGACAAGAUCUUGGCCGAGGUGACCUGCGACAAGUUCGGAAAAACCCUCGCCUACACCAACAUCAAGUUCACCAACCCGAAGGGUGACGUUGUGGCCCGAGGCAGCCACACAAAGUACGUCACCCUGGCUUGGAAGGAUCCCCAGAACAUCGUGGAGGAGAUCAACAAGCUGAAGUAG